GACUGCAGUGCAAUCGGCGGGCCGUCGCGUGCUCACGUGCGCAGGGCGAGUGGCCGCCAUACAUUAUACAUACGUGCUUUAAACGAAUUUAUUAUAACUCUGUGAAAUUGGAAUCAUCUCAAUAAAAUUUUGGUCACGUUCGUCUUUUUUGACGGAGCCGGGAUGCUGUGACUUGAGAGGUUUUGAUGCGGAUCUUCGUUUCUCAGUAGCCCUUCCAGUAACACAAGGGCCGUCAAGAUGCUGCAGAGGAUCUUGCGCGACAUGUGGGUGGAUCCCGAGAUCCUGGCCGAGCUCGACGAGACCCAGAAACAAACGCUCUUCUGUAAAAUGCGCGAGGAACAGGUACGAAGAUGGCAGGCCUGGGACGAUAAAAUCAGCAAGGACGACAUCCAGCCUAAGUUCCAGAAGAACGGGAAGAAGCAGGUCCAGUUCCUUAAAGGAGAAGACGGCGAACCAUGGGUUUGGGUUAUGGGUGAACAUCCAGACGACAAGUCAAUAGAGAGCAUCCUGGCGGAGGAAGCGAGGCAGCGCGCCCUCGCGCAGGCUCGUGAGGAGGCGCACCAGCUCAGGAAGUCCGUCGAGAAGGAACUCACACAGCUUAUCGACUACAAACCUCUAGACAGCUUGGAACAGAAAUUCGACCUUUCACCAAAAAGCAUAGACCCGCUGGACGAUCUGGAGAUCUACUGCACAGUCGACGAGCUCCGGCAGCGCAUCGAGGCGCUGGAGCCCGAGGUGAAGAUCUCGGAGAAGGAGGACCUAAGAAACGAGGACAACAUGAAACUGGACCUCAACAAGAACACUUUGCAUUUCAAUUUUAUCGAAGGGAAAAGGGAUGUUUUGCAGGAUUUAGGCCUCCCGAACAACGAAUGCGUGAGUCACCGGGUGGCGGCGUGGGAGCGUCGCGUUGCGGCCGCCCGGGCCGGGGAUAUCCUGCGCGGGAUCCGGGCCAGGAGAGCGAAGACAUUACGCGAUGCGCAACUACACGCGCACGACGACGAGGCCGCCUGGAGGGAACAAGAACGCAAGGCAAAAGAAGCCGAAGCGAAUAUGAGGGAGAUAGCUCGUGUCGCCAGGGAAGCCCACAGACGCAACACAGACUUUGCAGACACAACCAUCACUGAUGCUUCACAAGCUGGUAAGCCACCGAGCAGGGAGGCGGUGCUGGAAUGGUUCAGAACCCAGGAGCUGCCUCGAGGAGUCGGACUCGAAGAGAACAAUAAACCAGUGGAAUGGUUUCACGGUCUGAUCAGUCGGUCCGAGGCCGAGUCGAUCCUGUCUGGCGCCGCGCCGGGCAGCUUCCUGGUUCGCGUGUCGGAGCGUGUGUGGGGGUACGCGGUGUCGUACCGCGGCGCCGCGCGCUGCAAGCACUACCUGGUGGCGGCCGGUGAGCACUACCGCCUGCUCGGGACGAAGAGGCGGGACCAUCGGACUCUCGCCGAUCUCAUCAAUUACCACAGAACGGUGACCAUCACCGAGAGUGGAGGUGAACUCCUCGUUACUGCGUGCAGACCGGCCGAUACACCGGCUUGUCUCUCCACAGAAUAAACUAUAGACAGCGUCAGUCGCACACGAUCAGUUUAGCUUGACAAGUAAGCAUGACGCUCCAAAAUAAUUCGUCAUAUAAAAAAAAAACUAUUUUGAAUUCGCUACCGAAUUGAUGUAACGAGAAAUGCCAAAAAUAUAAUCAAAUUAAAAAAAAAAGGUAUAUAUCGACGCUUGAAAAGCAAACGUGACUAAGCGACAAUGCGUGAACUUUACAGCAGACUAAUUUCAAGUUGAAAUACCUGAAAACAAAAUUUAUUUUAACGAAUCCAGCUGUAAUAGAAUCUAGCUAGUAUCUGUAUGAUUGAAAUGAUCUUAAUAGACCUAGAAAUAUAUUUUUUUCCACGUCGAAUAUGGUUAUUGCCUAUCAUUUAUUACUGUAAAAAGCAGUUAUUGUCGCUUAGUCAAUUUUUGACUUUCAAGCGUCGAUAUGUUAUUAUAGUGAAUUCGUUAAUUUACUAAAUAGUACUAUCAUGGAGAGCUUUUAAUCAUGUUCGUUUGGCUUUUCAGAAGGAUUGGCCUAAACAAUACAGAUGAGAUCGAUUCUAAUGUGAUCUAUAUACAUUAUACAUAUAUAGCAUUGUUCAGGUUCUGUAAUCUGUUAACAAUAGGUUGAUCUCAGGACGUCCGCUUGGUCGAACAAUGAAUCCAAAUCAAUCCAUCAAUGCAAUCGAUUCUAUUGAAAAUAUAAUAUUGUCUAUGGUAGUUUUCCAAUUACAGAGCAUAAUGCGACUCAGUGACGCACAAUGCCGAAUUAUGCUGAAGCUUA